UUAGCUGUCAGCCCACUUCUGCGUUAGCCAGCCGGAAUGCUGGCCAGUUGUAUGCCCUCGUGUAAUGACUGCUGACAUAGUUUUACCUCAUUGACAUUUAGUCCGGACUGUGACCGUUGGAGGCCAUGGGGCUGCCGCAGAGCUCGUUUCUUUCGGACGGGGGAAAUAACAGUGGAUAUCAUAUCCAUGGGGUUCAAGAAGGUUCACCUGCACUGAGGGCUGGUCUGGAGCCUUUCUUUGACUUCAUUCUCUCUAUUGGGAACACCAGACUUAGCAAAGAAAGCGACCUGAUGAAAGACCUCCUGAAGGCCAAUGUGGAGAAGGCAGUCAAACUUGAAGUGUACAACUCAAAAACCCAGCGAGUCAGGGAGCUGGAGGUGACACCCAGUAACAUGUGGGGCGGCCAGGGUUUGCUGGGCGCCAGCGUCCGCUUCUGCAGCUUUGAGGGAGCCAAUGAGAACGUGUGGCAUGUCUUGGAUGUGGAAGCGAACUCUCCUGCAGCGCUGGCCGGACUCACCGCUCACGACGACUUCAUUGUCGGAGCUGACCAAGUGUUACAAGAAUCUGAAGAUUUCUUUUCCUUGAUCGAGGCCAAUGAGGGGAAGUCUUUGAAGCUAUUAGUGUAUAACACGCAGACCGAUCAGUGCAGGGAGGUGGUGGUGACUCCCAACGGAGCAUGGGGAGGCGAGGGAAGCUUAGGCUGUGGUAUCGGCUAUGGCUACUUGCACAGGAUUCCAACGCAACCGGCUCAACUUAACCCCCAGAAUAAGAAUGCUGUUCAGCCAGAGGUGGCUGACCGUGCUGAAGAAGUAGCUCCGCUUAACUUCACAGAGGUGCCUUCUGUGGCUCAGUUUAGCCAAUCUAAUGAUUCAGGUUUGGAUCAAACUGGAGGAAUUGGGCAGAGCAUGACCUCUGACCUGGACGUUUCCGUCCCAGCUGAAGCCGGUGGUUCAGAUGUGUCGGACGUCGUCUCCACCAAUGAGGAGGGCCACAGCUCCGUGUUUGCUAAUUACAGGGAUGACACUGGUGAUCAAUGUAGCUUGGAUAUUUCCUCUUUCGACCAAAAACCUUCAUCUCCAGAACGGAAGGACAAACCAGACAUCCAGCAAACUGAUCAGGGCAGUGGCUUAGAUGUGACCAGCAGCACGUCUCCCACCACCGGGGCAGCAGACCACUCUGCUGACCUCACAGCCUCCACACAGAGUGCCACUAUCCUCCCACAGGGGCAGGAGCCCAAUUCCAAGCCCUCAAUCUGCCAUAUUUCAGCUCAGGAUCACAUUGUGUCAGACAUUUAAUUUAACAGCGGAAACAAAGACGCAGAGACUCUAAAAGAAGACUAGGUGCACACUGAGAUGAGGAAAGGCUGUCAUUAUUAACAGUUGUAUCACUGGAGCUAUUUUUUAAAUUUGCAAGGUUUUUAUUUAUAUGCAGGUAUCCUUUCUGCACAUUGAAUUGCACAUUUAAGAAGAAUGUUAUGUUGACCGGAAACUAGAGUUUAGGUGUUCAGUCCAUUUGCUGAUGAAAAGCUGACGAGUUUGCACAAAAAAGGCCAAAAGUGAAAAAUGUGCAGCUUUGCUGUUCUGUCUGUAAUCAAAGGUAGAAGUUUGAAACUGUAGAUGUGUGAAUUAGUUAUUUUGUUCUGUUGACCUUAUUUCCUUGGGGGCAUAUUUUUGCAAAGAUGUUUUUGAAACCUCAGGCAUUUACCGUUUGGGCCUUUUAAGUCUCGUCAAAAAGUCCCAAAUUUGACGUGUGUUUGACUUGUGAUUGGUUGAAAAGAGUGAGCCACACACGGAGCACUUUUCUGCUUUUUCCCGUGUCUUUUGUUUAUAUGGAUUUUAAUUGAAAUUAUGUAUCAGGUUAACAUGUAAGGAAACAUGUUUAUAUAAAAGAAUGUGCUCAGUUUAAACCUCC